CUAAACAUGGAAUUCAACCCCUCAGACCAUCCACGAGCCAGCACAAUAUUCCUCAGCAAAUCUCAAACUGAUGUGAGAGAAAAACGGAAGAGCCUCUACAUGAACCAUCAUCCUCAUGGUCAACUGAGAAGGAAGUACAGUUCCUGUUCCACUAUUUUUCUGGAUGACAGCACAGUCAGUCAGCCGAACCUCAAGUAUACAAUUAAAUGCGUAGCUCUUGCAAUAUACUACCAUAUCAAAAACAGGGACGUAAAUGGAACUAUGCUCCUAGAUAUUUUUGAUGAAAAUCUCCACCCACUUUCGAAAUCUGAAGUGCCACCAAAUUAUGACAAACAUGAACCUGAACAGAAGCACAUUUAUCGCUUUCUUCGCACAUUGUUCAGUGCUGCUCAACUAACUGCCGAAUGUGCAAUUGUCACCCUGGUAUAUCUUGAAAGAUUGCUAACUUAUGCAGAGAUAGAUAUUUGUCCAUCAAACUGGAAAAGAAUUGUGCUUGGUGCAAUCCUACUUGCAUCCAAAGUUUGGGAUGACCAGGCUGUGUGGAAUGUGGACUACUGUCAGAUCCUGAAAGAUAUCACAGUUGAAGACAUGAAUGAAUUGGAGCGCCAGUUCCUUGAGUUGGUGCAGUUCAACAUCAACGUUCCCUCAAGUGUUUAUGCUAAGUAUUAUUUCGAUUUGCGCUCCUUAGCAGAAGCAAACAACCUGAGUUUUCCUUUAGAACCCCUCAGCAGGGAAAGAGCAUGUAAACUUGAGGCCAUAUCUCGCUUGUGUGAAGAUAAAUAUAAGGAAUUCAAGAAAUCUGCAAGGAAACGAUCAGUCAGUUCAGACAAUCUGGUUGAAGUUAGAUGGUCUCCUGCUGUUAUCUCCUAACGUGAAAUAUGUAAUACAAGACUCUAGAAGUACUAUUUCUAUCAACUUUGGAUGGGAGGGUUGGUUUUGGUGAUUUUUUUCUUCUUAUUUUUAGAUCUGCCUUUACAGUGCCUCCCCUUUUGUGUAGCACACAAGAAUAACUAUAGGGACUCGUUAAAAAGAACUUUGAAAGAAGAUUUGUUUUGUUGUUUUUUACAACUCCUCUGCUUUUUGAUGGGCAGAAGGCAAAUACAAAUAUGUGCUUAGAGGAUGAAACCUCAGAAACCAAUACAAGUAUCAUUAAAAAGGAGGAGGAGAAAGAAGAAAAGGCUCUUAACAGCAGUAUGAAAACCAACAUCACAAAAGAAUGUUGAAAGAAGCAUAAUAAGAAAGAAGUUGGGCAUGUUUUGAGAUCCUCUUGAAUAUCUUCUAGUGGUUUCGCAUACUUUUUUGCUUUUUGAUCGAGGUUGCUUUCUCCUCUGUAACAACCAUGGAGAAGGCAAUACUGUGGUAGCACAACAGGAGCCUCUGAUUAGAAAGUCUGUUUCUUUUGCCCUCAAAGUUGGAUAUGCUUUUGUUCAUAAGCUGUUUUAUUAGCUCCCCACCUUUAAUUCUUAUGGAUAUUGUUGUUUCUUGUGUGCUUUUACUGUAUUUUUGGUAAAACUAUUGACACUGCUGAACCCAAAGUAUAUAAAAUCAGGUGACUGAUCAUAAUUUUAUUACCCCCUCCCUCCCCCUCCCCCUUGUUUAAUUUAUAGCAACCAGUUUCAUGAUGUUGCUAUGACGUGCAUUGUCAGUACUGGUGCUUUGUAUUAUAUGUGGCUGCAUGUGCCUUCCUACCUUUUCUCAGAUAGGUUUAUUUUUUCUUACUGUAAGUUGUUGAAAAGAUUCAGGUGACAGUGAAGCUUGGGCCAAUGUGCAGACAUUGCAUUAUAGUAGGUAGAAUAGUUCUUUUGCAAGGUUUUUUUUUUAAAUCAU